AUGCACCACCAGGCCAUGGGCGACGCGCUGUGGGACCUGCUCGGGGAGGAGAUGGCGGCGGCGGCGGCCGGCGAGCACGGCCUGCCCCCGGGGUUUCGCUUCCACCCCACUGACGAGGAGCUCGUCACCUUCUACCUCGCCGCCAAGGUGUUCAACGGCGCCUGCUGCGGCGUCGACAUCGCCGAGGUCGACCUCAACCGGUGCGAGCCGUGGGAGCUCCCCGACGCCGCGCGGAUGGGGGAGCGCGAGUGGUACUUCUUCAGCCUCCGCGACCGCAAGUACCCCACGGGGAUGCGCACCAACCGCGCCACCGGCGCCGGCUACUGGAAGGCCACCGGCAAGGACCGCGAGGUGCUCAACGCCGCCACCGGCGCGCUGCUCGGCAUGAAGAAGACGCUCGUCUUCUACAAGGGACGCGCCCCGCGCGGCGAGAAGACCAAGUGGGUCCUCCACGAGUACCGCCUCGACGGCGACUUCGCCGCCGCCCGCCGCUCCUGCAAGGAGGAAUGGGUGAUCUGCAGGAUACUCCACAAGGCAGGCGACCAGUACAGCAAGCUGAUGAUGGUGAAGAACCCCUACUGCUACCUCCCCAUGGGAGUAGUGGACCCCUCCAGCUUGUGCUUCCAGCAGGACCCCGCCGCCCCUCCUCUCCCAAACCCUAGCGGCUGCUCGAGCGCCGGCCUCCCCUUCCACCACGGGCACCACCCCGGCAUGCAGCCUCCACUGCUGCCGACCAACCAGCUCAAGCUCAGCAGCGGCUGCGGCUUCCCUGCAUCGGCGCAGGAGCCGCCGCCGAACGGCUGCGGCGGCAGCAGCAACGCUGCCGCCAUGGGCAUGCCGUCAUACCCUUCUCCCUUCACCUCCAUCGUCGCUGGCAAGCCGGCCGCGCCGCCGGCCCAGGCGGCCGCGGUCGUCAACGCCGGCGCGCAGGAGCCACCGGCACCGCCACCUACCUGGAUGGAGGCUUACGUGCAGCACGGCGGGUUCCUUUAUGAGAUGGGCCCGGCUGCAGCGCCCAGGGGCGCAUGA